GAUGGUGGAAGAAGAAAAAAACACUAAUUUGAUCUACAUAGUUCCCGAUUUAUUAGAAGAAAUAUUCCUCAGACUGCCCUCGAAAUCAAUCCUUAAGUUUAAAACCGUCUCAAAACAAUGGAGAUCAAUCCUGGAAUCGAAGAUGUUCGUUGAAAGGCGUAUGAAUGUUAAAAAGACCCGGAGAAUCAUCGCUGCUUACAACUGCGACUGUGGCGACCGUCCGAGAAUCAUCCGUCAGGCCCGUCUCGACGAAUGGGACGACGAAGUGAUCGUCUAUAUACACUUCCGCGACGCAAGACCCUCGAUGAAUUGCGACGCACGGCCCUUGAUGACUUGCGACGGUUUGGUCUGCAUAGCUGAACCAGAGUCUAUCAUCGUUUUGAACCCCUCGACCGGACAACUCCUGCGGUUCCCAUCCGCCCCAGAUCCAGUAGAUUUCAUUCGGGGAAACUGGGUCAUGGGAUUUGGUAGAGACAAAGUUACGGGGAGCUUUAAAGUAAUCAAGAUGUGCAGUUUCCCUAUGGAGGGAGGAUGCGAUGUUCUUGAUGUUGAAAGUGGUGAAUGGACGAACCUGAGGCUUUAUCCUUUUGUGGUCGGAGUGUCAAGAAAAUCCGUGUGUGUGUCUGGUUCCAUCUAUUGGUUGUCCUGUGCAUCGUAUAAAAUUGGAGGGGGUUCCAAAAUCCUAGCCUUGGAUCUUCACACACAAGAGUCCCAUUUCGUCUCUGUUCCGGAUAAGUGGGUCUCACGAUAUACACAUAUCGCCAACCUUGAGGACCGUCUGACCAUAGCCACUACGCGUGCUGCUACCAUACUAGAGAUAUGUAGCAUGGAUGCACACCAAGAAAUAUGGAGCAAGACUUACUCCAUAGCUCUAGCUGCUCUAGAUGAUUUAAACCUAGGACACUCAAGGUGCUUUAUGUCGUUCACGCCUCUGGCUGUUUCCAAGCAUGGGAAUCUUCUCUUCCAUAACAAUAACCAGUGGUUGUUCAUAUAUUACCCAGAGACACAUGAGAUUCGUUGUCUCUCCUCCGAUACAUCUGUUGUAUCUUCUUAUGUCGAGAAUUUGGUCCCACUUCGGUCUGAGUUUGGACAUCAGCCGCCUGAUCCAGAUUCUAAUAAAAUCAGCACGUCUAGCUGCAGUUUUCUUACCAAGCAUCCGGACCCAAGAACUUCUGUUUACCACUCUAACUAUAGUUUAAAGUUGUCUAACAUUUGCUUAUGGUAG